CGUGCGAGAGCAGAGAAACCAGCAGGCGGCUCAGGGCUCGCGCUUGCUGCCUCGGUUGGCACGAGCAGUCAGUGACUUCUCCUCGUUGCGGUCGGACGGUGACAGCUCAAAUCGGCUCUCUCGCUUGUCGGACUGAGCUCGGAUUUUUUUUUUUGCCUCAUUGGAUUUCUAUGUUUUAGUGGCAGUAGUAGACUCCAAAAGACUUAUUACAAACACCGUGCUGAACCCUGCCUGCUCUGACGCCGUGACCACACAAUCACACACACACACACACACACACACGCACAGCAGCUGAUAGAGGCUGAAGAAGAAGAAGAGGGCAGAUACAUAUAUAUAGGAGGAAAGAGGGAGACAUACAACCUCUGGUUCAGCGCUGGCCAGAGAGACAGAGGAGCACAUGAGGAGUGGAAACGGCUUGACGGCAACUUCCUGACCGAUAACCUUGCUUCUGCAACCCCCACCACGCGCCCCGGAACUCCCGAAGCGGGCGUCAGAAGGAAGGAAACGAGCGACCAGCCCUCCUGCAGGCAUGAGGUCCUUCCGUUCCUUCAGCAACGAUGACCGCCAUGUCAUGGCGAAGCACUCCACCAUCUACCCCUCCUCUCAGGAGCUGGAGGCUGUGCAGACACUGGUGUCCACUGUGGAGUGUGCCCUCAAACACGUCUCUGAUUCGCUGGAUCAGAGUAACAGCGACAAUAUCAGCCAGGUCGACAGCCAACCGGCAGACGGCACAGAGGAGGACGACCAUGGAGAUGAGCCCAGUGACAAAACUGAGGAUUCGGCUGCAAGCUACAGGGAGUCCAGCUGCGGUGGCAUGCUGUGUGGCGUGAUGAGGAUUGGCCUGGUGGCCAAAGGCCUCCUGAUCAAAGGCGACAUGGACCUAGAGCUUGUGCUGAUGUGUAGAGACAAACCCACACAGACACUGCUGGACACUGUCUGUCACAAUUUACCCACACAGAUCGAGAAGCUGACAGAAGAGAAAUACGAGGUCACAAGCUCCUUGCCCGAGGCGGCCAUCUUGGUAAGAACUACAACAGAGCCCAAACUCACACUGAAAAUUACCCUCACCUCGCCGAUCAUGAGGGAAGAUGAAGAAGAAGAAGAGGAGGAGGAGGAGGAGGAGGAGGAGGAAGAAGAGGAGGAGCAGUUGGAGAAUGGGGAUGGGGCAGAGGAGGUGGCAGAGGAAGAGGAGGGGGCAGAGGAAGAGGCGGAGGAGGUCCAGGAUGAAGAGGAGGAGCAGGAGAAGAAGAGCGGGCGAGUGUUGGGUGCUGCUGCGCACAGAGUGGAGGCUGAGGAGGAGGAGGAGGAGGGGGAGGUGCUGGAUAGACACAGAUGUCUGUUGGCCCUGGCAGCGCUGCGACACGCCAAGUGGUUCCAGGCUCGAGUGAAUGGACUCAAGUCCUGCGUUAUUGUUCUCAGGAUACUUAGAGACAUGUGCAAUAGACACCCUGUAUGGGAACCUCUCAAGGGAUGGCCUUUAGAGCUUGUCUGCGAGAAGGCAAUUGCCACCUGUAACAGACCUCUGGGGGCGGGAGAAGCCCUGCGUCGAGUCAUGGAGUGUCUGGCCUCAGGCAUACUCCUACCAGGUGGUCCAGGUUUGCAUGACCCAUGUGAGAAAGAGCCAACAAACACACUAUCAAACAUGACCGACCAGCAGGCAGAGGCCAUUACCUACAGCGCACAGCACUCCCUCAGACUCAUGGCAUUUGGACAGAUGUACAAGGUGUUGGAGAUGGAUCCUCUUCCCUCAAAUAAACCAUCACAGAAAUACCCCUGGUCGGAUAAAGAAGGCUUAGGUCUGAAGAGGCCGUACGAGGAUGGAACGAUGGAUGACAAGGACCUCAUCAAGAAGAUGAAGAGGAAUCUGAGGAAAGUUCUGGACAGUAAAGCCAUAGACUCCAACCAGCCAAUGAACGCCCUGAUGCGAUUGAACCAGAUCCGGCCGGGGCUGCAGUAUCGCCUGCUGUCCCAGUCGGGCCCGGUUCACGCACCUGUCUUCACCAUGUCUGUGGAUCUGGAUGGAACCAUUUAUGAAGCAUCUGGAUCCUCGAAGAAGACCGCCAAGCUGCACGUCGCCGUCAAGGUUCUUCAGGCGAUGGGCUACCCAACAGGUUUCGACUCAGACCUGGACCCCAUGAGUUCGGAUGAGAAGUCGGACGGUGAGGGGAAGAGCGAGACGUCAUCACAUCACAGCAAUAACCAGACACACUCCACAGAUGGCUCCAACACACUGGAGGUUCGAACUCAGGGUCCCAUUCUGACAGCGAGUGGAAAGAAUCCGGUCAUGGAGCUAAACGAAAAGAGACGAGGACUAAAGUAUGAACUCAUCUCUGAAAGUGGAGGCAGCCACGACAAACGCUUUGUUAUGGAGGUGGAGGUCGAUGGGCAGAAGUUUCGUGGGGCGGGCCCCAAUAAAAAAGUAGCAAAGGCCAGUGCCGCUCUAGCAGCUCUGGAAAAACUCUUCUCUGGUCCUAAUGCAGCUGCAAACAAGAAAAAGAAGAUACUGCCUCAGACUAAAGGCGCUCUGGCGGCGGCUGCAGCGGCCUCAGCAGUAGCAGCUCAGGUAGCCAGAGGAAGAGGAAGAGCAGCCCUGGCAAGAGGAGCUUUCGUCAGUGCAGCCGCUCCAGGAUACGUCACACCAGGCUUUGGGACACCAUAUGGCUACAGCCCCGCUGCAGCAGCUACCCCAGCAUACGGUUUGCCCAAGAGAAUGCUUCUGUUGCCUGUCAUGAAAGUGCCCGCCUACCCCGUCCCCCACUACCACUUCUUUUAGCAAAGGAGACACAAGCACCAGACUUAUUUUUUUAAACACAUACCAAACCCUUUUUCCCAAACCAUACAGUUAAUUUUCUAUAAGGGAAACCCUGGUUUUUAGUUUUCUACUUCCUCAGUGAUGGGGUGAGGUCUGAAGAUGUAAGCUGAAGAUUUGUAAAGGCGCUUUUUUGUUUUUAUUUUGUUACUGUUCGUAAAAAAAACUUUUAUGUCAAUGGAAAAUGCUGCAGGUUUAAAGUUCUUAAGAGAUAAGCAAAAACUUGAAGGAUUUGUACUGUGAAUUGUGUCCUCAUUCUCUAAGUGUAUAUCAGCCUUUUUGUUUUUUUGUGUAGGGAGAGGAUUGCCUUUGCAAUAUGAGUCACACAACACAUUCUCUGUAAAAUAGUAAAUAAUAAAGUGAGCUGUUUGAAGGACUCAUUGAUAAAUAUUAUUGUUUAAAGAUGAAUAAAGUUGAUCUGUUAUUAAAGCUGAGCACUGCCUUCUGUAUAUCGGAAAUAAGGGAUUUCACUCGGUAGAUUGAAUUAUUAGGAGCUUUUUGGGUUAGAUUUCACUUCUUACAGUAGCUUUUUCACUGUGGAAUAAUUUACAAAUUCAUUCAUCAUUCAAUCUUCACACAGUGCUCUGACCUAAACUUAGAUUUAGCUUUAGUAUUCUACACUCAUACAUUCACACAGAUUGAAUUUCAAUCCCUCAGAUUAUCUCGGUGCCUCUUGUUACAUCCCUUUGACCCUUUAGCUUAUGGAUAUUCAGAGAGACGGGGAGCAGACAAAGGAUGAAUUAAAAAAAAAGCUCUUGUCGGAUCCUGCAUCUUGUAUUCAGCUGCACGAUCUCAUUACCUCAUGUGGAUUCAUAUUUGGCAGGUUUCCCACAGCUACCAGAGGUACCCAUGUGAAUUCAAAUCUUACUACAUGUGUGAUUAUGUUCGUUUUUCUAUUUCAUUUUUUUCCAUUUCAUUGCUGUUUUGUCUUUUUUAAAUGUUUUACCCCCCUAAAAAAACAAGCAGCCCCUACUGAGCCACUCAAACUAGGGCUCAAACUAGUCUAAAUCCUAAUUUGAAACAUAAAGGUUUGUUGUAAGAAUAAACUACUGUGAAAAUGUUUAUGAAAAUACAAUAUUAUGAAGACCCUAGUUUAAAGGUCUCAAAUGGAGAAAAAUUAGUCGAUCCCAUUAAGACGGUCAAUACCAGUCGAGAUUGAGUCAUGUUGGCCCCCCUCACACCUUCUUGGUCACCCCACCAUCGAGAGAUUACCCACUGAUGACGUCUCCAUGGUUACGGUUAUGAGGCGCAGCCAUUGGAUGAGAGGACCCACUAUUUUAUCCAAUGGCGGUCUUUUCAUUGACAAUCCCUUCUACCAGCCACGGACCAUUGCUCCUUUUAUCAUCCAUCUGGGUCCACAGGAUCUCUUCUCUGACUUCUAGAAGCAGCAAGCUGAUGGAUACUUUCUCCACACUUUCCUGUCUAUCAUGCCGGACACGUGAUUUCCUGUCUGUCCGAGGUUGCUGCCUUCUACCCAGGUGUCGGACUCUCGGAUCUACAACUGUUUUGGUUUGGUCAGAUCACUGUCUGAUCUGCUGACCGGAGACGCAUCGAGCUCCUAUCUCUGUCAUUUAUUCUCUACUCUCGCCCAGAUGCAGAGAGUAACUUUACACGAAGCAAUAUUCGGAUUUUACGAGAAAAGUUCAGCUGCGACCGCUGUGCGAGGCUGGGCUAGUUUUUCUUAUAGCAAUACACGUGAACUCCUCUCUUUUGAGCUUACUUUCUUGAGAAGAUGUGAAUGUCCGAUGGAGUUUUACCCCACACAGCAUUGCAAUAGCUCAUUUUGAUUGUAUAUUCAUUGUAUGUGUGUGUACGUGUGGCUUUAACAUGACUAUAUACACAUAUAUGUACGUAUGGUGUAUGUUUCUAUAACGAUGUGUUGACAAUAAUAUUACUAUAUGAGGAUGUAUUUAUGUAAAUAUUCUAUAAAAUAUAACUAUUGUUGGUAUAAAUUAUUUUAGAAUUAUAAAGUGAAAUGUAACUGUUAUAUCACAGUAUAGCUUUCUUCCAAUUUUAUAUACACUGAGCAAUUGAAGCUAGUCCUAGAGGAUGCAAUAUUAUCUUUGGUAUUCUAUUAACCUGUGCUGUUAGAAUAAUAUGCUUCCUUCUUUCCUUUCCUUUCCUUCCUGCUUUUCCUCUCUCUUUGAUGUCUUUCUGAGCCUUUCUGAGUAUGCUCUCUGCUGCCCGAGGUUUGUUUACAUGGCCCCGGUCCAGAGGUGCUCACUACUGAACACACUCAUAUCCUAAUCUUACACCCAAUUUUCCUGUCAGAAAGCACAUUUUCUAUAGUCUCACUGCUGGCAGGGAUUACUGUUGUUACAAAGUACUAAUACAAAGUACAGUACUGUAAAUGUAUGAUAUGUGUAUACUCUGAUGUACGCACUCCUCCCUCCACCAUCAGCACAUCUUAGCGGAUACACCCAUCAUCUCUCGGAACAAACGUCAGCUCUGUCCCGCUCGCCUUAGGGACCAAAAAGCACAGUUCAUGCACACCCAUUUCUGUUCCUUCUUUCUGCAUAAAAAAAACACACACACACACACCCUUCCCUCCAAGGGGCACAUUUCAGUGUGAUGCUGCCAGACACAGAGACAUCAAGAGAACCUUGAAUUUGUAGUAUAUGUUCCUGAAUUUGCGUCACAUCUCAGAACUUGGUUAGAGCUUUAAGCAAGCUUUUAACAUGGAUAGGAUGAUGGAAUGUACCUGAUGAGUGCAGACUGAUUGCUUUUCUAACUGUGUCAUUAUUCAGAGAGAAAAGGUUGGACGGUGCAUCCAAAGUUGCAGCACCUCAUGGCGCCCUGUUUUUGGUAAAGAAAGAGACACCUGUCAAUCAAGUAAACACUCUCAAAGUUUGGAAGGCACAAUGUCAACAUUUCCACCAAGAGACACAUAUGACCAAGCCAGAGUUAGCUUUUGACAUCAGCAUACCUUGUAAGAAAGUUUACUAUGUUAUGAGACUGAAGUUCGUUGUUUUCUGAACAUUUGAAGCAUGGUGUCUGAUAAAAAUCUUUAAUCGAACCAAAAAAUCUAAAAAAAACAUGUUUAUUGCAUAUGAUUAGUUGAUAUUUUAGUGGGACUGCUGUGGGUUAGCACAUAUCAAAUUGGUGAUUCAACUCAGAAGAGAUAUAUUCCACUGAACUAUAGCGUGCUUUACGCAAGUCUGAUGUUAUCUGUGAGGCUUUAGCGCCGUCGCUGACAUAUUUCUCACGCAUGUAUAAAUGCAUGUGGUGCUUUCACCCUGUUCAUAAGUUGUUUUGUAUUUUGGCCCUUUGAUAGAGAUGAGAUGUCAGACAGCGGAGUGAAAAAUCAAACAGAAUGUGCAUCAAAAGGCUUUGAUUCUCCUCACGCUUGCCUUGAUCUGGGCACCAGCUUGAUCUGACAUGUUUGUGCCGGCUUUGAUUCAGCAAAACCGACGCCUGAGAAUGAGACUGAGGGCUCACCGAGGCCCUAAAGCCAAUUUUUGGAAAACAAUAAGUCAAAUAAGAAAUGUAUUGUGGAACACCACUAAGCUGCCAGUGAAGAUUUCACUUGGGAUGGAAAACAAGUAGCUGUGAUUUCAGGAUUUUUAGGUCUAAAUGAAGGAUGAUAGGUACUUGUUUUCUAGUGGUGCUCUGUAUCUUGGGGCAGUGAGGUCCCAUUUAUCAGUGUGUGGUCAUAAUUUAGGAAGAAAAAUGUGUCUGUCACCUUUAACAAUUGGACAUAUCCAGUGUGUUGUUUGACUAUUUCCAUGUCUUUAUAGCAUCAUCUUCUAUUCCAAGGGCAAAGUUGUUAAUGAAAUCUGUAACACAAAGCGCUCAUGAGUUUAAAGUUUAACUGGUCCUCCUUAACCCGUUAUAAUACCCGCGCUGCAGCUCCAGUGUCCUUGAUCAAUAUUUCAUAUUGCUAAGCUUUGUUUACAAAUGAGAAAACAUAUCUGGCUCGUGUUGAAAUGAGUAAAUAAAGUGCCAGGAUCAUCUUUCUUCUCUAACAUGGAGAGGUAUUAAGAUGUUCAAAUGUCUUCUAGAAACUACACCCUGCUUCUUAGAAAGUCAGCUUGUUAACAAUAACAUGUUAACAUAUUUUUUUUACCUCUGAAUCUUUGCAGUGAGUAUCUAUCUUUCUAGUUUCUGCGAAAUCUCCGAGCACGUCUAUCCGCCUCUAAAAGUCUUGACAUUUCUGCCCUGACUUUUCAUCCUCCUGUGGAAUUCACAUGGAGGUGAAUAACUUAGAGCCUGGCCAUGUGGAAACAGAGCUUCUCUAUCAGCGGAGAUUUUCUCCUAAUUUCCCCUCUGCCCUCUGUCUCUCUCUCUCCCUGCCUCCGCCGUCUCUGUCCAGAUGUCCCACAUUAAUAAGGCAGACAGUCAUACCUCAGUGAGCAACCUUUUCAUUUCCCCUUCCAACUACACAGACACGCAGGAGGAGUCACCCCGACUACUGACCCUGUCCUCUUCCCGCUCUGUUAGGCUGGAUGGUCGUGUAUGGAGGACGGCUGGUAGAGGGAGAUUUUAGAGAAACACAGUAGGUCUAAAAGAAGGCACAGGCAGUUUGGUUGAUCAGUUUAAGCGAGGGAUUUGUUGUUUCCUGUUUAGGCAGUGUCAGUUUUUUUUUGUGUUUUAUAGUACACAAACAUUACAUUUUAUCACCAGAGAAUCCGCCUGAGUGAUGGUGUAAAAAGAGGCCAUUUGCGUCCAAGUUUCUUGUUGUCUAAUCAGGGUUAUUGCAGGUUAAAAAAUAUAAAUAUAUUUUCUUGUUCUCAGAGAGUAUGUGAUGAUAUAGAGAAAUAUUAAAAAACAGAGAGGAAAGAGAAACUAAUGACGCUUCUUAAGAAACUGCAGAAAGAAAGAAAAGAGGAUCUGCAUGUUCCAGCAGUGUUUCCCAUCAUAUUGCACCAUCAGGAAGACGACAAGCCACUCUGUCAAAACAACAUAAAUGUGACUUCUUAUUCUCCCCGGUAGAAACCAGCUCAAAGUAGCCAUAUUUGAAGUCUUGGACAGGAACGUUCAAUGGCAAAACUUGAUUUAAGAAUAUUCUUGUGCUGGAUUCGAUUGUCAUUUAGUUUAGUGAAAGACGUUCUUCUCGUCCUGCUCCUCUGUUCUCCGUUAUUGUCGGUUAAAAAUCCCUAUAUCACAAGAAACAGCAGCAGCCAUUGUGCUCACAGCACCCUCCCCCUCCCUGCACAAACAAUGCCUCUCUUUGGGGCGAUCAACAAUUACACCUGUACAUCUAAGAAGCACAACACACCCACACAUUGUUCUCAGGGCCACCUGACACACACAACAUGUAUGCAAAUAGACGAACACGCACACAAAAGCAAAUAUGUAAUCACUAAUGUAAAUAUUCCAACAAUAAGAUCUUAGCGCAUAGAGACAGCAUGACAUUCUUUGCUCUGUGGUUUGUAUGUUACACGCAAGACUGUACUGUAUGUAGUGAAGUCACGCAGGUGGUGAAGCCAUGGUUGAACUUUAGGAAUUGAGCCAUGAACAGAGAAAGAAUAUUGUCCCAUCUCCAUGAUUAAAAAAAAAAGGAAUGGAAUGGAUUUAGCUUAUGAGAUUGCUUUUUAGAGAAACAGCCGUCAUCUGUGGGCAACUCAAGCUUUGCUGUCAGGAGAAAAGAAGGACGAAUGCUGUCAUCAAAAGACUUCUUUGGCACCAAAUACUUGGAGCUUUUCACAUUUUAGAUGCUGCAAUAUGUUCACUAGUUAGAGCGUUUGCUGUGCUUUCAUUGCCAGGUAAAGUAGGACUUCUAAUUUGGAGAUGGUUUGGACACAGUUUCCCCCCUAAAGGCUCCUCUUCAUCCACCUGCCAGGUAAAAGAUCCUAAACACAAAGAGAAGGAAAGAUUGUUCCAGUCAUGCUUUUGGGGAUCCGGUGUGUUUUUUUGUGAGAUGGGAUUUAUCCAGACACCAAAGACUCUGAAGCCUUUGUUGCACAAAUCUGAUGAUCCCCGCAGUCUCAUAAGGGAGAGACGGUGCUGCAUGUGAUCUGAUUUUCAACGUCUAGACGGUUACAAAAUGUCAGGUACAAAAAAAAAUAAUCCACCAAUGGUUAUGAAAGAAAAACUGUCUUUCUCAUUCUUGUGUUGGCAUAGAAAGCGUGGUUCAACAUCUGGGACUACAUUUAUCUGGAUGCAGAGUAAGAACAGACCUAGAAUAAGCCGGAAAGUCCAUCCGAGAGUUGAAAAUAGAUUCAGGAUCACAUUUCAACUGCUGAGGCAAAGUCAAGCUGACUAACUGCUUAACAGAUCAUUUUCUCCAGGGUGUGGGUGUGUGUCGAGGGGGUGGAGGGGAUUCGUCUGGCAAGCACAUUAACUGGAGGGAAUGGGAAGAAAACACAUACACACAAUAUUGCUAUCACAUUUAGCAUGUUGUUGCAUAUUUUGUGGUCAUGUUCCACUGAUUGUUUAAGCCCAAUAUCCUCCUGAUAAACGAUCAAAGCAUUUUGGUUGGGAAUGUACACUGUUGUUCUAGUGAUUGUAGAGUAGAAUGUAUUUACUCAUAGAAAGAGUAAACUUGCUUUUUUGUAGAGAAGCAUAUAUACAGAAUAUAUAUGGAUACAUACAUAUAUAUACAUCUAUAUAUCUUUUGAGCUAUACUUGUGUGUGUGAAAGUUGUUUUCGGGCGCAUCCCCCAUAUAAGAAAUCCUAUGUUGUGUUUUCCCCCUUUUUCAUUUUUUAUUUAUGUUUCAACGGACGUAGCGUCUUACGAGUGACGCGUGUUUAUGUUUUCCUGUAAAUAUGAUUUUUUUAUUUUAUUUUUUUGACAAAAAGGGGAUAAAAGAAACUGUUUUAAGGUGCUGCCAAUGAAACUAUAAAGUGAUAUCUGUCCACAGAAUCUGUUUGACCCAUCAAAUUAUCAAGGUUUUGUGAAAUGUAAUAAUGACAGGGUGAGAGGCUGAACAGAGGCCAAACGACAAACCAUGAAGGUUAUUUUGAGUCGCUGUGGUAGCAACAUUCAUACAGUGAUGAUCUGUGGUCGUCACUGUUUUUCGACAUAAUCUAUGCUUGAUGAAUAAAUUGGAGAAAGUGCUGAAUCUCUA